AUGGCUCUAAAGCGUCUCGCCAAGCAGCUCGAGGAUCUGGAGGUUCCUUUUGUUGAUGAUUUCCCUUCCGCUCUAAAAUCGACAGACCACAUUGUCGAUGCAAUUUUCGGGUUCAGCUUUUCGGGUGAAGUUCGCGAGCCUUUUCCUCAGGUCAUCAAGUCGCUCGAAGAGACCAAGUUGCCGGUCACAUCGGUUGAUGCCCCGUCAUCUUGGGACAUUGAGAACGGCCCUCCCAAAUCCGGCUUGGGUAGUAACUUCAUGCCUGCCACACUGGUCAGCCUGACGGCUCCCAAACCACUGGUGAAACAUUUCACAGGACGCCACUUUGUUGGUGGGCGCUUUGUGCCCCCAUUCAUUGCCAAGAAGUACGACUUUGAAGUGCCUGAGUACCAGGGAAUCGAUCAGGUCGUGGAAGUUCCGCCCAGUGGACAGAAGCUCUGA